CAUCGUGGUUAUCUACUAGACAUAAUCGAUUUUUUGUUCCCAUUGUAAGAAUCUUUAUUCAAUAAAUGACUACGACUUCGUUAUGAUAUUAUUGCUUUCCAUGGCGAUUUGGCCCUUUCUGCUCUUUCUCAUUACUUAAUUUUGCCAGGUUAUGAGGUACAGGAUGUUUGACGAUGUUUCGCUCUUGGAAUCUUCUAGGACUGAUUGGCUUAUCCGGGUGCGGGUUCUGAAUGUAUGGCACCAUGAAGAGCGUGGACUUGGUACAAGUCUCGAAGUAAUCCUGUCCGAUAGUAAGGGUACAAAGGUGCAGGCUUCAUUUAGAGGAUGUGCUUACCAUCGUUCUGCUUCUAAGAUUACUCCUGGUGAUUGGUUUGAUUUUAAAGAUUUUAAAGUUGUUGAGCAGUAUGGUUCGUGCAGGGCCACUAAUCAUCGAUACAAAAUAAUUGUUUUGUAUUCAACUGAAAUCGAUAUGGCGUCUGUUAUGCGCGAUGAUAGUUUCUUUGAUUUCGUUGAUUUUAAAAAGAUUACAGAUGGCGUUCAUUCUGAUGAUUACUUGGUUGAUAUUAUCGGGCAAGUCAUUCAUGUUAGUGACUUUCCAACUUGGGAUCGUUUGGAUGGUUAUAAAAAGGACGAUGGUACCGAGGAUGGUGACUCUCUACCGAAAAAUUUUUAUCUUAAAAGAUUGAUUAAUACAUGCCUAAAGCCUCCUGGAGAUAUCGUCAUCAAAAGUGUUAGUACCGGGUCAUUGGAUGGUUACAACAGUGAUGAUGUCGACGAGCUGACCGGUGACGACGAUAGUGACGAAGAGUCGUGUACCGAAGACGAGGGUCGUGUAGAAGAUGAUCCUGAGUAUCAGAUUGAUAACGAUGAACAAGAUGCUGACACUGACGAGGUCAACGAUCGCAUUGCGAGUACUGAUGAUGAUGCUUCUGAGGUAAGCGAGGACGAGUACGAUUUUGUAGACGAUUAUGACGAAUGCGAUGACAGUGAUUGUGCGGCUGAGUCCGAUGAUGAUUUCUAUGAAGUGGAAGAGGAUGAUUAUGAAUACAGUGUCGAAGAUGAUGAGGAGGAUGUUGACUCAGAAUAUAGCGUUGUGUCUGAGUCGGAGGAAGAUAACCUCGAUGGUUGCGAUGGUAAGCCGGUUGAAGAACGUAAAGCUGACAAAUUGGACGAUUAUUCCGUUCAUCAUAAGAUCUCUUUUGAUCUUCGUGACUCCAGUAAUAAUGUCUUAAAGUGUGAAUUGGUCGGUUAUGAGGCAGUCAAUUUCUACAAGUCUUUUAAGAAGUGGCAAUACGAUGUUAUUAUUUGUGUGAUCCGAUGGGGUGUCGUGGAUGUGUUUCAAGAUAAGCGAACUAUAACUGCAACAGAAUGCACUCAAAUCCGUCUGAAUCCUGGCAUUCCAGAAGUUGCUGAGUUUAGGACAUCGCCUACCGAUCAUCGUUUUAUGAUACACUGGAAAUCGACGACUUGGUUUAGGAAUAUCCAACCUAUGAGUUAUGAUAAUUUCUUCGCGUUUGCCUCUUUUGAAGAUAUUAAAAGCGGCUCUUUGGAUACAAAUAUAUGCGUCGAUCUGAUUGGAAGGGUUGUGGCCGUAGGGAAUCGGAAUGAAGAAGGACCUCCUGACAACGAGUGGAAUGAGAUUUUUUUCGACAUCGAAAACAUUGAAGGUGAUAAGCUGACAUGCCGUCUUCCAAAGGCAUAUGCGAACGACUUCUUUGACCAUUGGCGGCAUUCUGUUGACAAAAUUAUAAUAUGUGUCAUGAGGUUUGCUAAACUGGAAGUGGAUCAAGAGAAUUGGCGAGCCACGACGGUGCACAAUUGUACGAGCGUUUUAUUGAACCCUCCAUGUUCCGAAGUUAGUCAGAUGGAGUCCCUGUUUGCAGAGACUGAAGACGAGUUUCCGUGGUGAUACACGUGUUUUCCCGUGUUAAUUAAGUUUCUAGAAACAACAUGCUUGGUUUUGUUAUUUUUGCGUUUACGCCUAUGAAAUCUUUAUCCUAAUUUAUGUUAACAUUCAUGAUCUCUUAAUUAAUAAAAUGUUUACCCCAAG